CCUUUUCUUCAUUCGCAACUCUUUGUGUAUUGGUGUAUACUUGUACAAAGUUGUUGAUGUGUUUGGGUACAGAGUACACAGAAACAAAGCGCGCCGCCGCCGAUUAGUCUACACCUGAUAAGACGCCGCCGCUGCCGAAAAAGGGUUCCACUCCGUUGUCUAAUUAUUAGUAUUUGUAAGAAUUUUUGCAAAAAUUGCAAAAUAUUUCCGAAAAGAUUUGAUAUAUUUAAUAUCGUCGAGGAGAAUUGUAGCAAAAUAAAGUAUUGGAAAAACUUCAACAUUUAACAGUCUGUGCAUGUAAAGUGAAUUCUUAUUGGAAAUAAAACAAUUUGUGCGUUUCUGGUAUACGAGACGAAAGCGAUACAAACAAUGAGCGGAAAAGUGGAAUAAAUAAAACAAAAACAGUAUUAUCUAUCGCUCGCAAGAGGAAUUUAUUUGCUCUGAACGGUUCCAUUGGCCUAGUGUUUGGUGGAAUUUGUCGGGAAGACUUGUCAUGUGUUAAUUAUAUGUCCCUUAACAACAAACGACACAUCCGAUCUUUUGUUGCUAUGAAUGCUGCUGUAAGUGUUUAUGUAAACGCAGCUAAGCUGGUGCUCCAGACCACGGAACUGUCAUCGGCCAAUUCCAGCACUAAUAACGAGUUGCCCCGGCAAUUGUUGAAUCUACGACAGCUGCUUUCAUGUGUUGUUUGCUGUCGUUUGGCAACAGAUCCUUUCUCACCCAGCCAUGGACACUGCAACCACAGUGUGUGUCGCCUUUGUAUACGUGGUCAGAAGAAUCUGAGUCCAUCGUGCGUUCAUUGUCGCGAAAAUCGGGACUAUAAGACCUAUGAAGAGAAUAAACAGCUGCGAUGUUUGUUGGUCUGUUACAAAAGUCUAUGCGAACACUUACGUAGCAGUCAUAUAUUUCCCCAAUUAGCAGGACGAAAAUUGCUGCAGUUUAAUGUAAUGUCACCCACGUUAAGUAUGCCACAAAUGUCUUUGCAAGAUUUGAUUGUUGAAGGAGCCAGUUAUGAUGACAUUAUGUCAAGCUUUUCAAAAGACUUGCCCAAGCCACAAGUUUCAUAUGCACCUAACAACCCUCACCCAAAGCAGCAGCCACAAAUGCCGGCAUUGGUGGUGCCACUAUCAACCACAGCCGCCACACCAUUAGCUCCCCUGCAGCAAAACAUCAAAUGUUCUGGUGUAAUUCAGUCAACAGCGCCCAAGGCGUCAACACCGCCAACCUCAGCUAGCGGACCAAUUUCUAAUCUACCCCAAACUCACGUACCAAAAAUUAAAGUCGAGACAACUUCGCCAACCUUUAAGCCUUUAUCACAUUUGUCAGCUCCCGCAAAUCACGGCUCAACGCCAGGUCCGCAACAGAGUUCCAAUACAACAACAUAUAACCAUCCGCAACUAAUUCAACUAAAUCAGCUUAAAAAUGCUGGUAACAUUACAUACAUUGGUCCUAACACUAGGGGCAUCGUAGUGCCCAUUGUUUCUUCUUCCGGUACAACCACAGUGCCACUCUCUAUAGCAUCAGCUAGAUUACAGACACUCAAUAGACAGCUUGCUCAAGCAAGGGCUUUGCAAGUAGUUUCCUCGGCAACUACACCCACUGCGACAAAUACACAACAUUCGUCCGUGUCUUCUUCUGCCACAGACGUAAAACCCCAAUUGGCCACAUUUAAGGUUUCCUUGGCGCCAACGCAGUUGGCAAAAACAGUUCCUUCACUGAAUACGUCCUCCUUGCGCACAUCUGCCACUACAGCCACCACUACAUUGACAAAUGCAUUUACAACCGCUACCGUAACAUCGCAAAUUCGCAAUCCCCCUGCCAUUAAAACAGUUUCCAAUGGUUCUGCAAUGUACUCAGUGCUAUAUACAGGAAUUGGCAAUAAAAUUACCAUCAAGAGGAAAACAGAUGGUGAUGAAGAUGUGGCCCAAAAGAAAAAUGUCUCGACAUCAGCUCCCAAUGCCACCAUUUUGCGACCCAUAUCGAAAACCAUUAAUAAGAAGAGAGGAUGCCGCUGUGGCAAUACCACAUCCACUCCUGGCAAAUUGACUUGUUGCGGUCAACGUUGUCCCUGUUACGUGGACUCAAAGUCAUGCAUAGGCUGUAAAUGUCGUGGAUGCCGUAAUCCCCAUCGUCCUGAUGGUAUGAAAGUACGACCUGUGAUACCAGAACUUGCCUGUUAUGAAAUACAAAUGGCAGACGAUCAUGGAAAUGUCAAUGAAUUGCCGAUAGCAACCAGCUCCACUAGGUUGGCACCACCUACAAAUGGGGAAGCCAACGAAACAGUGGCAUCUCCAGCAGCAACCACACCACUUAAUAUGAAGCCAAGUUUUGAAGGCGCAGCUGCAUUAGUUAGCAGAAAUGUGCAAGUGACUCCUCGUAGCAGUCCUCUGCCUAAUACAACAACUAACACGGUGUCUGUACAACACACGCCCAAUGUGACGCAGGCGUCCUUAAGCUCAUCUACAACAUCGGUAGCAUCGACAAUAUCAACAACACCGGGUAAUAUUGUCCAAUUAGAUCAAAUGCAAAGGGAAUCUCUACUUAUACAAAAUGCAGAAGGAAAAUUUCAAGUUGUUAAUUUGUUUACAACGGGUACAUCACAAUCCGCAAAUCAAGUACCAGGACUGCAAAUGCUUCAGUCACUACCUCAAGCUGUGGUUUCAGUUUCCGGAAGCAACAAUUUUAUUUUGCCCUCAACAAUAAGUACAACUGCCCAACAUGCAAGUUCACCAGUAGCUACAGCAUCAUUGCCACUUAUUUUACAAAACCAGCAACAACAUCAGCCACAAAUAUUUCAACAACAACAACAGCAGCAUCACCAAGCCUUGACUUCCCAAAGAAUAUCCACGGGCACGUUACCUUUGCAGCUGCAACAACAAUUAAAACAAAAUAUAAUAACAGUUCAUACAAUAGGUUCCAACGCAAAUGCUAACACUUCACCAGCUUCGGCAUCAGUUUUAACUCCUUCCUCGUCCCCCGCCCCCACCACAGCCACCCUUACCUUAGCUCCAAUGAUGAUCAGCAACCCCCAGACUCAGACCGCCAAUAGGACUACAACAGAAAUCCUGGAGAAUUGUGGUGAAAUGAGUCAGCAUUAUACAAAUCUCGUCGUAACGUCUUCUAGUGCAGCUUCGGCGGGAAGAGAUGUUACAACGCUGCCAGUUGUAUCAUUGGCAGGUGGCGGUACAAUUACCCAUCGUAAUACCACAAUAAAUCUGAAGUCCUUAGGUAGUCCCAAUACAUGAGUAAAUGCGUAAUUUUCGUGUCUCAAACAAAAAUUAUACAAAUUUUACUCCCACCCACAAUUCAGUUUGUUGUUAACAUAUCAAAGCCAGUGUUUCCUUUUUGUUCGACACAGUCUUACCGUCACCUAAAACCCCUAAGUAAUUUUCUGUUACAAAAAAAAAAAAAAAACA